AUCGCCAUCUGCUCUUGGUCUCCACUGCCCUGAUCACUCCAGAUCGCCUUCCCACGUCCUUGACUACCACCGCGCUUCCAACCAUGUCUCCCAGCUACAACGCCGGCUUUGGCAACGAGUUCCAGUCCGAGGCCCUCCCCGAUGCCUUGCCCAAGGGCCGCAACUCGCCUCAACGCUGCCCGUACGACCUCUACGCUGAACAGCUCUCCGGCUCGGCCUUCACUGCCCCUCGCACCCACAACCUCCGCACCUGGCUCUACCGGAUUCGCCCCUCCGUCGUCCACACCCCCUUCGUUCCCAUCCCUGCUCCCAAUGUCGUUCGUUCCUUCUCGGUCGCCACCGACGACGGGGAAUGCAUCUCCACCCCCAACCAGCUUCGUUGGUCUCCCUUUGAGAUCCCCACGAAUGGCAAGGUCAACUUCAUUGAGGGUCUCAACACUGUUUGUGGCGCUGGUGAUGUCUCUUCUCACUCUGGUCUGGCUGUCAUGAUCUACACCGCCAACGCCGAUAUGGAGAACACGGCCUUCUACAACUCGGACGGUGACUUCUUGAUCGUUCCUCAGGAGGGCCGCCUCGAGAUCCAGACUGAGCUCGGCGUCAUCUCGGCUGAGCCCAAGGAGAUCGUCGUCAUCCCUCGCGGGAUCAAGUACUCUGUCAAGCUCGUCGACGGAAAGGCACGCGGCUACAUCCUCGAGACCUUUGACCGACACUGGGAGCUUCCCGAUCUCGGACCCAUUGGUGCCAACGGCCUGGCCAACCCCCGCGAUUUCCUGUACCCCACCGCUGCCUUCGAGGACAAGGACGGCGCCGAGUACAAGAUCAUUACAAAGUACCAGAGCCGCUUCUUUGCCGUCACCCAGAACCACUCACCCUUCGACGUUGUCGCCUGGCACGGCAACUACUCUCCUUUCAAGUACGACCUUCGCAACUUCAACUGUAUCAACACCGUCUCCUUUGACCACCCCGACCCCUCCAUCUAUACCGUCCUCACUGUCAAGUCCGGCAACCCCGGCACGGCUCUCGCCGACUUUGUCAUUUUCCCUCCCCGCUGGAUGGUCGCCGAGAACACCUUCCGCCCUCCGUGGUACCACCGCAACUGUAUGAGCGAGUUCAUGGGCCUGAUCUCGGGCGCCUACGAUGCCAAGGCCGAGGGCUUCGUUCCCGGUGGCGCCUCGCUCCACAGCAUGAUGUCUGCUCAUGGCCCCGACGCCGUCACCUUUGAGCGCGAGAGCACCAAGCAGCUCGGCCCCGAGAAGCUCCGCGAAGAUGGCCUGGCCUUUAUGUUCGAGUCGUAUCUGACUCUGUCGCUAUCCAAGUGGGCCCUGGACAAGGACACUGCCGGUGGCCGUGCCCUGCAGCCCAACUACUACCAGUGCUGGCAGCCCCUGGUCAAGAAGUUCAACGGUCUGGACCUUACCAAGCACUAAAUAUCCACUGGUCUCUUGUGCCAUAUAUGCCUGCGUAUGAGCCUCAAAGCAAUCGCUCGCCACUUCUGUUUGUCACAGCAUGUUCAGAACGAAACGGAAUAGUGCCCCGCUUGCAUCCUCCACAUCAGCCACCACCUUCAGCGCAGCGAUCUGUCGGUCCCGGUGGGCAAGUCGUGCGGUUCUGCCCAUUCUUCGUCAACAAUCCAGUAGUUUUGGUUGGUUUUGGAAGCACAGUCUUGAAUACACUCGGUCGAUCACCAGUGGCGACGAUCGACUGGCAUAGUGUGA